AUGGAAGUCUGUGACUAUAUCGAGUUCGGUCUCCCCGGAUCCGUGCUGUACCGGGGCUUUCUCCUGUCCGACCCUCCCGCCCGCGCUUCCACCAUUCAGUCUGAGCGAAAUGAGGACAGCACCGUGAUCCUCCACCCAAUCUCCACGUGGAAUGACGUUCCAAUUCGCCCUGCUGACUCAGCUUCGACAGAUGGCGGCAGCGGUGGCUGUGCUGGAGUGUCUUCUUCUAAGUCGACUACAAGAUUUGGAGCGGCUUCUCAGAGGUCGAUUGCUGAGAGAAGUUGUGCUGUGGACGCUUCAGCGGGUGUGAAUGGGCUUAUGGCAGGCGACAGCAUUUCCAUGGUUUGCUGCACGCCACGAAACUCGUGGGUGCAAAUCGAGGCCGCUUGUAACGAAGCUUGUCACCCUCUGCGCGUUCGCCAGGUGGACGGGUUACCCGCUCAUUACAGUCACAAUCUCGAUUGGAACCUCGGGAUCAUCCCGCAGACGUGCUCCUGCCACCAAGGCGACAACAUGAUCGAAGGGAAUCCUCAGUCUGAAUCUGGCAAUCGCAAGUCGUGUGACAAGACAUGCGACAAUGUGGGCGGCAAGGCGUGCGACGGCGUGUGCGACCAGCACGCCCCUUUAGAGGUGAUCGAAAUCGGGCGUGGGGAGGCUCGAGUGGGGCAGGUGUACCCGGUGAAGCCGCUGCUCGCGUUCCUCGUCGUCAGCCUCGAUCUCGAGUCCUCCUGGAAGAUCACCACACCCUCAUCACCUCAGCUUCUUCCCUCUCCUCCCGUUUCUUCACCCACCCCUCCGUUUUUCCAAUUAGUCGAUCCGCCCAGCACCAUGGCAGGUCUUUUCUCAUCUGACCUCUCCCCCACUCAUCUCUCCCGUUCUCCUCCCCCCUCUUCCCCCAUCCCUCCGUUUUUUCUAUCAGUCGAUCCGCCCAGCACCAUCGCGGGUCGUGAGAAGCCAGCACCCUUGCAUCGCACCAUCGCCGCCAUCAGCGCCGCCCAUGCUGCCUGGAUGCACUGCCGCCGGCAAGGCUGCUGCAGCAGCUAUGAAAUCAGCACCAACACUAGCAGCAGCGCCGCCCAUGCCGCCUGGACGCACUGCCGCUGCCGCAGCAGCAGCAACGUAACGAGAACCAACACCACGAGCAGCAGUAUUCCUAAUGACAGCGUUGCUCUGAAGGAUCUGAGGCAGCUCGCAGAACAAACGGCCUCCGCUGCUCUCACCAACGCCAUCUCUGAAUUCCCCCGCGUGCCCUUCGCCCAACCGGCCUCCGUACCUGCCCCCGCCACAACUGCUGCUGCUGCUGUUGUUGGGGAGCAACAGCAGCAGGAGAAGCAGCGGCAGCAGCAGCAGCAGGGGAAGCAGCAGCAGCAGCAGCAGGGGAAGCAGCAGCAGCAGGGAAGGAACCCGACAAGACACUUACGAUCGUCCUCGUCCGGUGCUCUUGAGAUCUUCUCUGGAAUGCUGCUGGAAUCCCCCUCCCAUCGCUCCGCCUCCCCCUUGCGUUGCUCCCCCUCUCCCUCCCCCUUGCAUCAACCCCCUUCCCCCUUGCAUGGCGCCUUCUCUUCCCUCCGCCAGCCCCUCACGCCCUCCGCCAUGUCGCCUCCAGAGACAAUUCAAGAGGCGCGUCAAGAGGCUGAUUACACCUCACCCUCAUCCCCUCAGCCAUCCCUCCCCACUUCUCCCAGUUUCUCUUUCCCUCCCUUGAAACCCCCCCCUGGCAUGCCCUCUCCUGUGCCCGCUCCGGUGCCCUCUUCCUUGCCCUCUCCCUUCUCCUCAUCCUCGGCCUCUCCUCUCAACGUGGCUCAUACCAGAUCCAGCUCUGAUACCUUUUCCAGAGGAUGGAAGUACCAUUUCCACCGGUCUUUAUCCGCCCACACCGAACAGGAGGCCUGGGAACCCGCUGGGAAGGCUGAAAAAUCUGAGAAGUCUGAAAACUUUGAGAAAUAUGAAAACUUUGGGAAGUGUGGGACGGACCUGCUUCUGCUGGAUACCCCAGAAGAGCUCGUCGUAUUCCCGAGGGCGCAAAGGGCAGAAGCGGAACUCCUUGGAGCUUCUAAGGGGGCCGCUGGGCUGCCAAAAACGGCAAAUUCGCCCAAAACGGGCAAACCGGCCAAAGGCGACAGCGGCUUUCGCGCUGGGCUGGGGAUGAUGAUCCCAAGAGCACGCACUGAUCUAGGGCUGAUGGUGCCUACAGGGGAGACCGAGCGGCCCAGCACCCCCAGAGCAGGCAGUAAGCCGCCCAAGUCACCCAUAGCAGGCAGCAGUAAGCAGGGACCGAUGAUCCCAAGGGCACGCACUAACCUGGGGCUGAUGAGCUCAAAUGGGCAAACUGUAGGUUGUGUUGACAGCGGCAGUGGUGGCGGUGAUGUUGGUGGGAGGAGCGGCGGCAAGAGCAGGAUGCUGAAAGCAGUGCUGAAGCUAUUCAGGAAGAGCCUGGGGAAAGGGCAGAGCGAGAGCAGCAACAGAACGCGGAACAACAACGGCUUGCAGGGUGCAUCUGAGAUGGCAUCAGUAGGCCAAGACUUAUCUCACGCUGCCAUGCACACUGCUCCCGUCUGCCCUGAUCCCAUCCACACUGCUUCCCAAUCGACUCACACGUCACCUCUAUAUCCAGACGUGGUCCCUCGUGGCUCACGUGCCCAUGCACACGGCCAUAGGCGCGCCCAUACGUGGUCAGACAACCUGGAGCUGCUGCUGCAGGAGUCACAGGAAGCACAGGAAUCACUGGGAGGAGCAGUACCAGUGCCAGGAAGAGGAGGAGGAGGAGCAGCAGCAGCAGCAGCAGAAGUGCGGCAGGAACUGCAGGCUCAACAGAGGCCCGUGUCCCCGCUUCCUCCCAAGAGCCCCAGGAUCCCUAAGGUCCCUCGUGGUUCACGUGCCCGUGCAGAGAGGCGCCGCAACCUGUGGGACGUGUCUCCUGGGGAGGACCAAGGCAACUCGUCGUUGGAAUUCACAUUUGAGAUGUCGCCUCCUGCUGGGCGGGGCUGCAACUCGCAGGGCGGCCAGGGUUACUCGAGCAGCCAUGGCAAUGAGCGACGAGAGUGUGUUGAAGCUGGCGUUGGAGCGGUUCAGCAAGGCAAGAAGCCGCCUGCUGCUGCGGCUUCUGAUGCAGCUGCUGUCGCGGCUAGUGCUGCUGCAGGAAAAGAAGACGACGGAUGUUCUUCUCACAACGAGGAGGAUCAUGGUGGGAGUGCUUCUAACGAAGGCGAAUGCAGCGAAAACAUAUCUGUGUGUGUGUACGGGGAUGAUACUUUGUUGGAUAACCUAAGUGUAGGCAUUCCCAAUGGGAACGGCUCUAGCUGGGGAGAACAGAGGAGCCGCAGCAUGGGAAGGAGCAUCCAGGGCAUGAGCAAUGGUGGCAUUUCGUUUGAAGUGCCAGCAGAGAGAUCAAACACGGGCGGCAGGCAGACGCUGCACCGCCGGAGUGCCUCUGAAUGCCCCUUUGAAAGUGCCUUCGGCCGCGCCUCCUUUGGACGAAGCCUGCAUCGCAGCGACAGUGUGGGCAGCGGGGGCAGUGUGGGCAGUAUGGGCAGUGCGGGGAGUGCGCGGUUGGUGUGUGAGCGCAUCUUGAGUGCAUGUGACGUGUCUCCAGUGCCCAUCAUCCUCUCCUCCCACCUCGGCAGCGUGGGGCUGCCUCGACGGGCUCGCACGGCAGAGAGACCUGCAGAGAGCACCUGGGCUGAUUGGCAUACUGCAGAUGCAUGCAGGGGUGAUUCACAUCCAGCGGUCAAGUCUGCCGCGGGAGAAGCAGUAGCAUCGGCAGCAGCAGCAGCAGGAGUGGCGGAAGAAACAGCAGCGACAGAAGAAGCAGCAGACGAAGGGGAGGGAGGGAAGGAGGGGCAGGAGUCGCUUGAGUCUCGCUUGAGGCGAUGGCAUGAGAGCAUGGGCGCCUCAUCCACCCUCUCCCUGCCCCACGCCUCCUCCCGCCCGCUCUCCCCGUUGCGUCCCCCCCCCGCCGGUCUCUUUCUCCCCGGCCUGCCCCACUGGACCAAGCGGUCGCUCCCUCGUUCCCUCCGCAUCUCCCGCUCGCUGCUCUCCUUUCAAGAGAGCGCCCUGCUGGAGCACCGCCAGGAGAAUGCCCUCCUGCAGGGCUUGGCUAGACAAAAGGAAGGGGAAACCGGCAGGGAAACAUUCGAGGAGAAUUACCUGUGCCUUGGGAGCAACGAGGGGAUUGAUGAGGGGAGCAAGGAGGAGAGGAAGAAGAGGCCAGUGAGGCGUGUGCGGGCAAACAGCGACGGAGGUGUGGGCACCCUGAUGUCAGCAGCAGCAGCAGCAGCAGUAGCAGCGCCAGUGUCUCCCGGCAAGUCGAUCCGAGCGGCCGUGGCCGUCUAUUCGGCCUCGAGAGAGUUCUGGCGGCCCCCCUCCACCCCCAAGCCUGUGAUGGCCUGCCAACUGAAGCAAGCCAAACUGAGCCUGCCGAGAUACUCCCCCCCGAUACCACCGAUCGGGCUGGAGAAGCUAAUGGAGGGUGCAGGAGGGGGAGGCGGGACUGGGGCAGGUGGGACUGGUGGGAGUGGUGGGUUGGCUGGGUUUGGCCUGUUUGGUGGUGGGGGUGGGAGUUGGGGGUUGGGGACGGGCUGGUGGGGUGCGGGAGAGGGUGCGGAAGGGGAGAAGGAGGGGAGGGAGCGGACGGAGGGGAAGGAAGGGAAGGGUGAGGCAGGAUGGCCUGGGUUUGAAGGGUUGACAGACGUGGCGUGGGGGGUGAUGUGGGGGGGAGGAGGGGGGAGUGGAGGUGGGGAGCAGACAACCGAGGAGAAGAAAGAGGGGGACGUGGUUGAAGGUGCAGGGAAGGCCCUGGGAGAUACUACGGAAGAAGAAUGGGUAGGGGAUGGAAGAGAUGAGGAGGGAUUGAAUGUGGGUGACAAUCGCACUUGUACAGAGGGGGUUGAGGAAGACGCUGGGGAAGUUGCAGGGGAGGAGGUGAAAGGAGUCGCCCCCAUUCCCCCUCAUCCCCUCACAUGCUCUCAUUCCCUAUCAUCCCCUCUCAUUCCCUCGCAUUCCCUCUCAUUUCCCUUUCAUUCCCUCUCAUCCACUCUCAUUCCCUCUCAUCCACUCUCAUUCCCUCUCAUCCCCUCUCAUUCACUUUCAUCCCCUUUCGUCCCCUCUCAUUCCCUCUCAUUCAUUCUCAUACACUCUCAUCCCCUCCCAUUCACUCUCGUCCUCUCUCAUCCCCUCUCAUCCUAUCACACACUCUAUCAUUCCCUCUCAUCUCCUCUCAUUCACUCUCAUCCAUUCUCAUACGCUCUGAUACACUCUCAUCCCCUCUCACACACUCUCAUUCCCUUUCAUCCCCUCUCAUUCACUCUCAUUCUCUCUCAUCCCCUCUCAUCCCCUCUCAUCCCUCUCAUACAUUGUCAUACACUCUCAUCCCCUCUCAUCACCUCUCUGGUCCUGGUUCCCCGUUCCUAUCAUAUACACUCUCAACCCCUCUCAUACACUCCCAUACACACUCAUACACUCUCAUCCCUCCUCAUCCACUCUCAUACACUCUCAUCCCCUCUCAUCCCCUCUCAUUCUCUCUCAUCCACUCUCAUACACUCUGAUACACUCUCACCCCCUCACAUCCCCUCACACACUCUCAUUCCCUUUCAUCCCCUCUCAUUCACUCUCAUUCACUCAUAUUCCCUCUCAUUCCCACUCAUCCACUCUCAUUCCCUCUCAUUUCCUCUCAUUCCCUCUCAUACACUCUCAUCCCCUCUCAUCCCCUCUCAUCCCCUCUCAUACACUCUCAUAUACUCUCUUACACACUCUCAUCCCUCCUCAUCCACUCUCAUACACUCUCAACCCCUCUCAUCCUCUCUCAUACACUAUUAUUCACUCUCACAUACACUCUCAUACACUCUUGUACACUCUCAUCCCCUCUCAUCCCCUCACAUACUCUCAUUCCCUUUCAUCCCCUCUCAUUCACUCUCAUUCACUCAUAUUCCCUCUCAUUCCCUCUCAUCCACUCUCAUUCCCUCCCAUUCCCUCUCACUCCCUCUCAUCCACUCUCAUCCCCUCUCAUCCCCUGUCAUCCCCUUUGAUCCCCUUUCAUCCCCUCUCACUCCCUCUCAUCCACUCUCAUCCCCUCUCAUCCCCUCUCAUCCCCUUUCAUCCCCUCUCAUUCCUUCUCAACCCCUCUCAUCCACUCUCAUACCCUCUCAUACACUCUCAACCCCUGUCAUACACUCCCAUUCACUCUCAUACACUCUCAUUUCCUCUCAUCCCCUCUCAUCCCCUCUCAUACACUCGAUGAGAGUGGAGAGGUAA